AUGCAAACACAAGAUGAUACCAUCAUCAACGAAUCACAACCCUUGAUGAGGACCAUUGAAACGGCUUGUACUUCGUCUACCCAGCCUAUCAAUAGGCAAUCGAGUGGAAUUGACUUGUCCGAAAACACCUCACUGUUACUUUAUGAUACGAAUCAUAACAAUCACCAUUCUGUAAAUAUUGAAUCAUCCCAAAUGCACAAUGAACAUGAUUCGGAAUCAAUUGGAAAAAAUCAUUGUACAAAGAAUAAUGACAAAAAUCAAAACUCAAAACCUUCAUCAACUACACCAAUAACAAUGAAUUCGUCAAAAAAACUCUCGUUGGGUUUAGUUCUUACUUUUGCGGUUUAUUCGUUUUUUCACAUGACCAAUCCUCAACAACCAUUUUUAGUUGACUUUUUAACAUCCAAAGGAAUUUCACUCAAAACAAUUUUAUUUGAUAUUUUUCCAAUUUGGUCCUAUUCCAUGCCCGUAGUUCAAUUGUGUAUUGGAAUUAUUUCAGAAGUGAAAUUUAUAGGUCACAAAUGGGUCAUUGUCGCUGGAAUUUUGUCGAGUGUGCUUUUCAUGUUGAGCGAAUUUUUUAGUACGAAACACACAGUGUGGAUGUUACAGUUGACUGAAAUUGCUGUGGCUGUUCUGUAUGGAACGGAUCAGACCUAUUAUGCAUUGGUGUAUCAUUCAAGUUCUCCAAAUUCGUAUCAAUUCUUGACAAGCUUAUCUAGAACAUGUAUUUUAAUGGGACAAGUAUUUGGUGCCAUAGUUGGUCAAAUCGUAUACAUGUGCGGAGUUUCUAUUCAAGUUCUGUAUUACAUAGGUUUUGCUUGUGUGGUGCCAUGUUUGUAUCUUGCAAUUUUUCAUUUUCCUUCUCCAAAGAAAUAUGUGAGGUCAAUUCAUAGUUUUGAAACUACUGAUCUAGUUAAGAAUAAUACCGCAAAAGAAGAUGUGAAAUUAAUAUCUUCUGAAUCGAAUUAUGUGGAGAGUAUCAAUACUGAGCUGCAAAAUGAACAUUCUCAACAACCGUUACUUGUUCAUACUCAGCAUGACACACCACAUUUUCAACAAGAUUCAAGCAGUUCCAAAAGUGAUUCAAAUUUUCUUCACAAAUUAAGUCUCUUUCUGAAAAGUAGCAAAGCGUGGAAAUUCGUUGUGGAAGUGAAACAAUGUUACACGGGAAAUUUUUCAGUAUCUUUCUGGAGUAUCUACAGCAUUUUUGGAAUUGCUGUUCACAUGCUAGCUCUCACCUAUUAUCAAACGUUUUUCAAAACCCUUAAUAAUCAAAUUUCUUUGAACGGCAUUCUUAUAGCAGUUGCCUACGCAUGUGCUGCAAUGGUCAGCAUGAUUCCUACUCGAUUUGGAGAAUGGGUUGCUUCAUGGAAAGGAAAAUUGAUGGCAGCAAUAGUUUGCCUAGCAUGUGGGUCAUGUCUCAUUGCAAUGGGUAUUAACAGAAAAUGUCCAAUUUUUGUAGCCUAUCUCUUAUUUGUGAUAUAUCAUUGCUUGUUUGAAUUUUUGUAUGUGGUUUCUUUUUCACAAAUUGCGGAAGGAUUGAAAAUCACUCGAUUUGCGGCAAUUUUUUCAUUCAAUUCUGCAUUAGCAAAUGUGUUUCAAUUAUUGAUUCAAGUGCUAGUGGGAAAGCAGGUUCUUGCAUUGAACCCCAUUGCCCAAUAUAUGGCGUUUGGAAUAAUCUUGAGCUCACUAUCAGUCCUGUUGUUUUUGUGUAUACUUUGUCACUUGGUGUAUACAAGGAAGAAAUAA